CAUAAUUAUCUUGAAGUCAGAAAACAAUUAUGUUAUCCUUAUUAUCUUCGCAUAACUGAAUCUGAUCACAAUAGCAAAAAUAAGUUAUCAGCUAAUAAUGAAAAAGUCAUUGUUGAGCUUGAAGUUUCUAUAGAAAUUGAUAGUUCAACCAAAAUCCAUACUAAACUACUAACUAAUGAUAAAAUAAAAAAAUUAAGUGAUGACAAGUUAGUUAGCUUAAUUGAAAAAUUAAAAAAAGAAUUAGAAGAUAAAAAGAAAGAUGUUAAUAAUGUUAAUAAGUUAAUAUAUAAUAAUAAUAAAAAUGAAAUAAUUAUAAAUAGGCUAAAGAGUCAAUGGAUUGCUUCACAAAAAACAGAAUUACUUAACUUUGAUAAAAUCGACCUUCUUUCUGUUCAUUGCUAUGACAAUGCUAUUAGAGAAAUAAAACAAGAAAGAAGCAUGGAAAGAGUAAGAUUAGUUGGAAUUAAAGAAAGCAAUCUAUAUUCUUUGGAUAACUAUCUAAAUGCACUAGAAAUGAUUCUUUCAGUAAAUCAGGAUAUUGAACGUGCUAAUAAUUAUAUAAUUCCAGUUGUUGCUAACUGGCCCAGGCAACUUUUUAUAUGA